AACUUUACAGAUCUUCUUUGUGCACCAAGAACUUGUAACACUCCAAAGAGAAACGAAAAAUUUAAAUCGCAUCAUAUGACCCCUUUACCUAUGGACAGGCGUGAGAGUAAUUGACUGACCGUGAUAUUUUUGUGCUUAUUGAUGUUUAGUUUUCAUGAUAGCGAGAAGGUCACAGAGCAACAUGUUGCCUGUCCUCCUGCGCUGAAGAUUGCGCGAGAGGAUAGACGAGAGAAUGAAGGAAGUGAUGGAAGCCAGACAGAUGGCUGAGGAGAAAUGCAUCUCCCUGUCAGCUCCAGUGUAGAAGAACAAGAAGAUGCUGAGUUCAAAUCUCGCAAACAAACUUGGGAAAAGGCCAAGUUUCGUCUCAGGUCUCUGGAGGGUCAUAGUGACAUUACCACUUGUGUGGUCGCUGUCGACAAUCUUGUGAUUUCUGGCAGUCGAGAUACAACAGUUAAAGUGUGGCAUGUUCCCACGGCAACGGAGCAGUGCAAUUUGGGAGGUCACAGCGGUGGAGUCACCUGUCUCAGUGCACCACCUCCAGAGUACUGCAGGAGAUUGGCACAUGCAUUCGACUUGGCUGACAGGGAAAGAUUUGUUCUAAGUGGUUCCACAGACUGUUGUGUGAGAAUUUGGGCUUUGAGCUCGGGUCAGUGUGUCAAAUCCAUCUACACAUUCAAUGCAGUCUCAAGCCUGUGCUUCAUUCCUGAAGGAGAAGGCUUCAUUGUUACUGGUUCAGACGCUGGGAAGCUGCAGGUUUGGAGCUGGCGCUCGCAGGAGAACUGUCAGUCAGUGAACGCACACCUGGACACAGUCACCACACUACAGUCCCAGGGUCCUCUGCUGUUCAGCGGCUCCACCGAGGGAUGUGUGUGUGUGUGGGAGGUGUCCGAUGAAGGGCCGGAGCCCCUCCACAGGUUGCACAUCUGGGGGCCAGAAGUCACAGGGUGUAGUGGGGAUGACGGGAGGCUGAUUCUGAGCCCCCACGGUGACCGUGUGUUCCUCUCAUGUAGAAAGGCCAGCAUACAAAUCCUAAAUUGGACAACGGUGGAUGAACGUUAUUAUGAUGCCCCUAAUGAUGCAUGCUGGCUCUCUCCAAUCAUAGGCGAUGUCACAGUGAGACGAGACAGCCGACUGGAAGAUUGUCUUCUUGAAUCCGACACAGACUCUGAUGAUGAACAAAGUGAGGUGGACGAUGAUGAAGUCUCCAUACCCCAGGAUGCAUCUGAAACAGAGGAACCCACAAGUUCUUCAUGGCUGCGUUGUGUUCUUCAGUGA